CUACUUAUAGUAUUUAUUUUCAAUUGACAUUUCCCGAGUCAACUAAAAAAAAAUACAGAACGUAACAGGGAAUAUUUGUUUGGUAGGAAACACAAAUGGCUGCCAACUACAGUUGUGAUAGUACGAGUGAAGUUAGAUAUAAAGAUAUUGGUUCGUCAAUUAAACAGGAUACAAGUGCAGAUGUUAUUGACGAUUAAAUUUGAAUCAGAAGAACAACUAAGAAUUGUCAUCAUUGGAAGAACAGGUUCUGGGAAAAGUUCACUAGGAAAUCAAAUUUUAAAUGAAAACGUAUUCGAACACGGUCUUUCUCCUAUCUCUGUUACAGGAAGAACUGAAGUUUGUUGGAGGAAAAGAAAUGGAAUAAAUAUUGGUGUUGUUGAUACUCCGGGGCUAUUUCACACUGGCAUUUCAGAGAGUAAUGUACAAAAAUGCAUCUUAGAAUGUAUCGAUAUGACAUUACCAGAUUCUCAUUUAUUUUUGUACACGAUAAGAAUUGGGAGAUAUUCUGAUGAAGAGUUGAUUUCUUUUAAUAGAUUUUUGAAGACAUUCGGAGAUAUUGUUUAUAAUCAUACCAUCUUAGUCUUUACAUGGAAAGAUUGUUUACAAGAAGAAAGUAUCAAUAAAUAUUUUGAAAGGCUACCCGAAAAUUUCAAAAAAAAAGUAAUAAACUGCAAUAAAAGAAUCGUAGCAAUCAAUAAUUUUGCAACAAAGAGGGAAGGUCAACAGCAGUGGGAAGAACUCCUUUCUUUAAUGAACACCGUUAUCAAGAAUAAUGAUGGCAAGUGUUUUGGUGUCGAAAUCGAGAAACCUGAAUCAGGUUUUGAAUACUUUGGAUCGCAAAUUAAAAAACUUUGGAAAUAUAUAGACGAAACAAUGACUGCUUUCGAAUUAUAAAAGACUAACGUAACGUUGGUAUUAUGAUUAUUAUGGACAAAACUCUUGGA